AUGAGCAACAAAGGUGUAAGUAACAUGAAGUUGAGAGUAAAGAAAGCGGAAAAGUUCAGUUGCAGAGAUGAUAAGGUAAGAAGAUAUUACUUUGCUUCCGGAAUAACAUACUUUAUUAAGGAAAUCAAUAAGAAAUCACAAAUAGUGACACUGAAUCAUUUAGAGGCAUAUCUUGGUAAGAUAUUUCGUGGUUUCUACAGUGGUGAUCUUAUCACCAUCUUAUCAGUUGUGUGCAUGGGAGUUAUAGCUGCAGACAAAUAUAAAAAUGAUAACAAUUACAUAUAUAUGUUCCCAUUUAUUGUAGUAAGUGAAUAUGCUAAAAUUGAGGUACGAAGAAGAGGAGGAGAAAGAGAGAGAAAGGAGGGUGAAAUCUGGGUAGGUUAUGCAGAAAGUUGGAGGACGAUCGUAUGUAUAGUGUGGGAGAGUUUGCAAAUUGAAACUAAUAAUGAAUCAGUAAUCGAACAUUGUACCAUCGUUCACUUUUGA